CUCGAGCUGUGAGCCAAGAGAGAGAAACCGUGUGACCCAAGUCAAACACGGUGCGUCCGGAUCACGUUGGAGUUGUACGGCACCGAACUGGCGAACUCUCUCCUCGCGGCGCAGACCCUGGAUAUGGCUACGUCUAUACUUGGGGAAGAGCCACGGUUUGGAACUACACCUUUAGCAAUGCUGGCAGCAACCUGCAACAAAAUCGGCAACACCAGUCCCCUGACCACUUUGCCAGACUCCAGCGCUUUCUCCAAAGGUGGAUUUCACCCCUGGAAGAGGUCCUCGUCCAGUUGUAACCUAGGCUCCAGUCUGCCAGGGUUCACAGUUGCAACGAGCCGCGCGUCCACAGGACUAACCCCGACCAGUGGAGCAGGGAACAGCGCCUUCUGCUUAGCCUCCACAUCCCCCACAUCCUCGGCGUUCUCCAGCGAAUACAGCGGCCUGUUCUCCAACUCCGCCAGCGUCACCUCUCAGGAGUCCGGUCAGUCAGCGUUCAUCUCUAAAGUGCACACGUCUGCCGAGAGCCUCUACCCACGCGUGGGCAUGGCGCACCCGUAUGAGUCUUGGUACAAGUCCGGCUUCCACUCCACCAUCUCCGGGGACGUGGCCAACGGUGCUUCUUCGUGGUGGGACGUCCAUACGAACCCCGGUUCGUGGCUGGACGUUCAGAACCCCGCGAGCUCACUGCAGAGUUCUUUGCACUCUGGUGCGCCCCAGGCCAUCCCCCAGCUCAGCGGGUACAACCCAGACUUCUCCUCUCUCACACACUCUGCCUUCAGCUCCACUGGCAUCAGCCCAUCUGCCUCACACAUCCUGUCCACGAGCCAGCACCUGUUGACGCAGGACGGCUUCAAGACCGUCAUUCCCACGUAUACAGACGCUUCUGCCAACGCCAUGAUUUCUGGAGGUGGCUCAGGAAUAAGCAGCUCCUCUCGAUCGUCCCGGCGUUACUCAGGCAGGGCCACAUGUGACUGUCCCAACUGCCAGGAGGCCGAGCGGCUGGGGCCCGCAGGGGCUAGCCUAAGGAGGAAGGGACUCCACAGCUGCCACAUCCCAGGCUGCGGGAAAGUGUAUGGAAAAACAUCACAUCUCAAGGCGCACUUGCGCUGGCACACCGGCGAGAGGCCGUUUGUGUGCAACUGGCUUUUCUGUGGGAAAAGGUUCACGCGCUCAGACGAACUGCAGAGACACCUGCGCACGCACACCGGUGAAAAACGGUUCGCGUGUCCGGUGUGUAACAAGCGCUUCAUGCGCAGUGACCAUUUGAGCAAGCACAUCAAAACGCACACGGCAGGAGGAGGUGGCAAAAAGGGCAGCGACAGUGACACCGACACCAGUAACCUGGAGACCCCCAGGUCCGAGUCCCCAGAACUGAUUUUAGAGGGGGUCAACCCUCGGAUCACUGUGAAGGAGCCGUCUCCUCACGACGAGCCGUAGGCCUGACUCAGCCACAGACUGCACUGUUAAACGGGUCUAGUGACAGACGGAGGACUGUCUCACAGCGGUACCGGCUCACCUCAGGCCGGGGACACGGAUGUUGCAGAACGCAGAGCCUGUUGAACUCGGGACAUUGUGAGCUGCAUUUGUAAAUGACGCCUCAACUGUGUGUUUUCUGUAAAUGUUCGGCUCUAUUGUUUUAUCGUGUUGCUAUCCUGGACAUCAGGGAGUUUACUUUGGACGCACUUUGUGGAUAUGUAUGUACCAAGCUUACCCUAACCUCGGUUACCAUUUUUUCUUUGCUGAAAUAUCUAUAUAUAAAUGUUUACCUGUAUAAAGUCACACGUAUAAGACUUUCAUUUUAUCGUAAUUAAUUAAAACGUCUUAAAAGGCUUUAAUUGUAUCUUAGUGAAUUAUUUGUCUUGGCUAGAACACAUGAACAUGUUGAAUAUUUGAGGAUUAGGGGGUGCAGGCCUGGUGUAAAGGUUAUUUGCCUAAAACCAGGUCUGGUAAGCCGCCUGUGACGCUUUCCCUACGGAACAGAUCAAUGUUUAAUGCCCCGGAAAAGACAUUUCAUGGCCAAAUGAAAACCUUGUUAAAUGCUAUUAAUUAUGACUUGGAGCACAUCGCAGCCCCAUGUGUCUUGUCUGUGCGAUUAGGGAUUCGUGUCUUAUCAAAUAUCUAAUUAAUCUGCGAGCGUCUUUUGUUCACUCGCACUUUAUCGGGGGCCGUCUAGGGGGGUUUGAUGACAAAGGUCCCUGAAUAUUUAUUCUAAUUGUCCAAAUUAACUGCUAGAAUUUGCAUAUCCAUGGAGCGAAAAUUGUGCUAUAUGGCGGUUUUUCCUCUUUACCACAAACCACAAAGAUGUUAUGGGAACGGUUUUUAAACUUCAGAAAAAGCCAGGGCCAAGAGUCAGAUGCAAAUGUUGGAUUUGAAAUGCAGUGCGCGCGGUGCAGUCAAAUGGCCUGUGUGUUAUUUGAAUAUCAGUGGCCCCGCGCUGAAAGGGUUCAAGGAUGCUCUCUGACUUCUUUGUGCGUAGCCAGUGCAGCGUCCGACUCAAGGAAAAGCCAAGGAAUAAUAAUUACAGCUCGGUGCACGAUGGGAAUACGUCAGGGAGAGGCAUCCUGCACACAGCCUCUUUCAGACGCCUGUUAAAUUGAGCAGAAGGCAAUACAGGCAAAUUAUUUUCAUUUCCUUUGGCGCAACAAGGCUUUUAAACGAGCGAUCAGACAGGAUCCCAUUUAGGAAAAUGCUCAAAUGUUAUGUCUUAGAGACAAUAUUUUAAAAUGUGUACUUUUUAUUUUGAAUGUAAUUAAUUUUUUUCAUUGAUGGAAAAUAGCCUAUUUUUUGUUUAAACUGGUGUACGUUGAAGUGGCUCUACAGAGUUGAAACGAGAAAAAAGUAGACAAAAGCAAAAUAAAAAUGCAAUAAUUAU